GGGACUGUUGGCGAGCCGGGCUUCCUUUUUUUCCGACAUCUUAGGGAGGCUGCAGUGGUCGUCGCCACUCUCCGAGCUUCAUCAUGCCGCCCAAGGAUGACAAGAAGAAGAAAGAUGCUGGAAAGUCGGCCAAAAAAGACAAAGACCCAGUAAAUAAGUCUGGUGGCAAGGCCAAAAAGAAGAAGUGGUCCAAAGGCAAAGUUCGGGACAAGCUCAACAAUCUGGUCCUGUUUGACAAAGCUACAUACGACAAACUUUGUAAGGAGGUUCCCAACUACAAGCUCAUCACUCCAGCUGUGGUCUCUGAGAGACUGAAGAUUCGCGGUUCCUUGGCCAGGGCAGCCCUCCAGGAGCUACUCAGUAAAGGACUUAUCAAGCUAGUUUCAAAGCACAGAGCCCAAGUCAUUUACACUAGAAACACAAAGGGUGGAGAUGCCCCAGCUGCUGGCGAAGAUGCUUGAACAGGUUCAAUCAGCUGUACGUUUG